AUGUCUCUUAUCUCCAGAUUGACCUCUAGCAAGUUUAUUGUUCCAGUUGCCGUUGGCACCGCCGCUGUUGCCGCAACAUUGGCGUUCUCCACGUUGAGACCGCUUGCCAACGAGCCAGCGGCCGCUUUCAAAGGCGACGACCAGUGGAUUGACUUGAAGCUCAUCAAGUACGAGGACCUUUCUCAUGACAGCAGAAAGUUCACCUUUGCGCUCCCAUCGGAGGAUGUCAAGUCUGGUUUGGUGACGGCGUCUAUUCUCCUUGCCAAGUACGUUACGCCAAAGGGCAGCAACGUUGUGAGACCAUACACCCCUGUUUCUGACCCAGAACAGACCGGCACCAUUGAGUUUGUCAUCAAGAAGUACCCAACUGGUAAGUUUGGUAACCACAUCUUUGGCUUGAAGGAGAACGACACAGUCUCCUUCAAGGGCCCAAUUAUCAAGUGGAAGUGGACUCCAAACCAAUUCAAGAGCGUCACUUUGAUUGGCGGUGGUUCCGGUAUCACCCCAUUGUACCAGCUCUUGCACCAAAUCACCAAGGACCCACAGGAGAAGACAAAGGUGAAUUUGGUUUACGGCUCCAAGACCGCUGAGGACACCUUGUUGAAGAAGGAGAUCGACGAGAUCGCCGCAAAGUUCCCAGACCGUGUCAACGUGACCUACUUCCUCGACGAGGCCUCUCCAAGCGCUCCAAACGCACAGGUUGGCUACAUCACAAAGGAGUGGUUGGCAAAGAACAUCCCAGGCCCAAGUGCCGACCACCACGUUUACGUGUGUGGUCCACCACCUUUGUACGAGGCCAUCUCCGGUAACAAGGUGUCUCCAUCCGACCAAGGUGAGGUCACAGGUGCCUUGAAGGAGUUGGGCUUCACCAAGGAGGAGGUGUUCAAGUUCUAA